GCCAAGGGGAGGAAGGGCCUUCCUUGAAACGAGGGGGCGCCAGCCCAUGCUUCAUUGAAUAUAGCUAUUUUUUUUGGGGGGGGUGAGGGUUGACCUGAAGAUUUUUCCACCCCAGUUGGUCUGGCUUUGUGCAGGCGGGGGUUUGGUCUUGAGACCUUGCCCCUCUCCAAGGGUCCAGUUGGGGUUCUGCAACGUCUGCUUUUUGUGGGGUUCCUCAUAUGGGGGGAGCUCCAGACAGCUGAGGGGCUUUAAAUUGACAUCAAGGGGAUCCUUUGGCAUCUGUGUUGGUUUUGGUUUGGGGGGGGAAAGCGUUGGGGGCUGCUGAUGUCCUCCGUUUGGGCAGCGCCGGGAGGGGCCAGCUGCGGCCAGGGUGAGGUUGUCGAAGGACACAGAGUUUAACCCUUGACAGCCGGGUGGAUGUCAGCGCAUUUCUGGGGUGUGGAUUUGAGGGGAAGGUUCUGGGAGGUAUUACAAAGUGUGUGACAAUAUUGUGUUGUGUGUGUGUGUAUAGGGCAGUGCCAGACUGAGCGUAGCAGAAAGCCUUUUCGACAGGGAGCAACCGCGGAAGUCUCGCUGGGUGAAAAGACCGUGUUCUCUCUCUGGAGCAAGACUCUGGGUGAUGUGGAGGGGUGUGAGCUAAACUUUCGGGUGGGGAGGCUGGAGAGGCCUGCUUAAGAGGGCGAGGGGAAGAGAGGGGAUCUUGGCCUUUUGCUCCCUAGUCUCUCUCCCCCCACCCCACCCCCAUCCCCGCCAAGAGGCUGCCUCGCUGCUGCGGAGCCAUCGCUUAUCUGCAAUGACAGGCAAAUCCGUCCGGGAUGUGGACAGGUACCAAGCGGUCCUUGCGAAUCUUCUGCUAGAAGAGGAGAACCGAUACUGUGCCGACUGCCAGGCCAAAGGACCAAGAUGGGCCUCGUGGAAUAUUGGGGUGUUCAUCUGCAUCCGUUGUGCUGGGAUCCACCGGAACCUGGGCGUCCACAUCUCCCGAGUCAAAUCGGUCAAUCUGGACCAGUGGACGCAAGAACAGAUACAGUGCAUGCAGGAGAUGGGGAACGGCAAAGCGAAUCGCCUCUAUGAAGCCUACCUUCCGGACUCUUUCAGGCGGCCGCAGACAGACCAAGCAGUGGAAGGCUUUAUCAGGGACAAAUACGAGAGGAAAAAGUACAUAGACAGAAGCCUCGACAUCAACGCGUUACGGAGAGAAAAGGAUAACAAAUGGAGGAAGGAGGCGGCCUCCGAAAAAAAACUGGAACCCGUUAUCUUCGAGAAGGUGAAAAUGCCUCAGAAAAAGGAUGACCCUCAACAGAGGAAAAGCCCUUCCCGUUCUUCUGAACCUGUCAUGGACCUGCUGGGACUUGAUGUUCCUGUGUCAACCACCCUCCCCAAUGGUAGAUCUACUAGUUGUUUGGAGAAGGACCUUGACCUGUUUAGUUCUAUGGAAUCCGAAAGGAAGGUGGUUGGCUCCAUGCCCACAGCCGGAAGCGCUGGGUCCGUUCCUGAAAACCUGAACCUUUUCCCUGAGCCUGGAGGCAAGGCGGAUGACGCGGGGAAGAAACAGCUCUCUAAAGAUUCGAUCCUCUCCUUAUAUGGCUCCCAGACCCCGCAGCUGCCUGCACAAGGAGCGGUGUUCAUCGCCCCAGCCCAGAUGGGGUACCCUGCAGCCUACCCCAGUUUCCCGGGCAUGGCGCCACCGGGCGGCGUGAUGGGUGGCAUCAUGGCACCGCCGGUUGGAAUGAUGGCCCAGCCGGGAGCUGCCGGCAUGGUGACCCCUAUGGCCAUCCCCUCAGGUUAUGUCGGCGGAAUGCAGACAGCCGUUCUGGGGCUCCCCAAUGGGAUGAUGGGGGCGCAGCCGCCAGGCUAUGUGGCUGGCAUGGCUCCAGUCCCGCAGCCGAUGUAUGGGGUGCAGCCGGCCCAGCAGCUCCAAUGGAACCUUGCUCAGAUGACGCAGCAGAUGGCUGGGAUGAACUUCUAUGGGACAAACGGCAUGAUGGGCUACGGAGAGUCAGCAGGUCGAGGAGGGGCGCCAGGAACAAACCAAACCCUCAGUUCCCAGGUGUGGAAAUAAUGCCUCCGGAUUGGGACCACUCUUCCCCAAGAACACACUUUUUUUUUGCUUUCAGCUUCUGUUUUCCUGUUGGCUUUUCAUUUCUUCAUUAAACUUGCUUCUCAAGGUUAUUAUAGGUUUUACACACACAUGCACACACGCACACGCACACGCACACACACACACAACACACACACACACACACACACACACACACACACACACACACCCUUCCUGGUGGUCUCAGCCAGAUUUUGCCUACGUGGAAUAUUGCUUUCCUGCGCGGCCACCCAAGAGCACUGACCAAGCUGGCCUCUUGGCGGUCUUGGCUUCCUUGAGGGUGUCCUCCUGGCAGUGCAGGGAGGAAGGACCUCCAGCGGAGGUGGCAGCCUUUGGGGGCAGGAUUGAGCCAUCGCUGGAAAGCGGCCGUGCCGGGAGGCCACGAUGGCUGAGCCGAUUCUGAAUUUGCAACUUUGGGUCGCAGCUGCACCAAAGGCUUUUUGGUGGAAGGUUUGUUUGGUUAUUUUUUUUAAAAAAAAUUGGACAAGAAAGGUGGAAGGCUAGAAUCCUAUUGUGACUUUACACUUGCACAAGGGAAAUUGUGUAGCAUCACAGUGCUAGUAAUUAAGGCGCUGAUUACAAUCUUUGGUGGCAGAAUCAGACCGCAGCCAGCACCUUCAUACUGAGCGGCCAUCUGUUGCCAUCUUACGCAAUUUUCCCCGUGUAAGCAUAAACCAGCAGUAAGGUUCUGGUCUCCCUGUUUGGUCUCUGAGCUUAUUUCUGUUUUAUUGCCUUCUCCUUCCUCUACCUCCUCCUUUCCUAGUACUUUAUUUUUUCAUUUUUUGAAUUGCCCUCCUUUCUAGCCCAGCCCUUGUACUUCCACAUUCCAUUUCCCCUCCUCCUGCAUUCCAGAGGUAGUUCUGUCCCGGCUAGGAAGACAGCUUUCCUUGGACCUGUCGGGAUUCACACCCAUUAUGUUUUUUUCUGGAAUUCAGGAGGGGUGCUCAGCCAGGAAAACUGCACCUCUUAGGGAGCCACUGCUGCCUCCUUCCAACCUGUGGUGUUAACAUGUUUGAACAAUCAUUCCUUCUCAUUUCCUUCCUUUUCCCCCUUUCCUCCUCCUCCUCGACCAAGGGCCAAAACUCUGUGGUGAGUUUCUCCUUGCACUUUUUGUUUGUUUGCACUUUCUGUUCUGUUUAACGGCGUGCAUGCGCAGGCAUGCACACUCACCAACACUUGCCAGCUUGGAAGUUUUAAGGAUGGAGUAUAAAUCCUGGGAUUGAUGGGGGGGUCUGGCUCUCCUCCCCCCCCCCGCCACUUCACAAGGGAGGGACGCCCAACCUGAAGGACUUUGGUCAGCAUCACUGAAAGCCAGGCAUCUACUGUCUACUUUACCUUGUGUAUAUGUAAAUUCCUUAAUAAAAAUAUUGCAGUGAAA